UGCGGACCUGCAGACGAUUCUGGUGAGAUCGUGUUGGAGUGAGUUGUUUACUCUCGGCCUAGCUCAGUGUUCAGCCACCAUGUGUCUGCCGACCAUGUUGGCAGCCAUCUUGAAUCAUCUGCAGGCUAGCCUGCAGCGUGGAGAUCACACAAACCAAGACAAAGUGAAAAGUGUUAUUGAACAUAUCAUCCGACUUCAGGACUAUGUGACACACGCCCAGAAUCUCAGCAUCUCAGCCACGGAAUACGCAUAUCUGAAAACUUUAGUCUUGUUUGCCCCAG